UUGGGGGUUUAGGGGUUUCUCUCCUCCGAAGCCGCCGUAAGUGCUCCAAGCCUUUCUUCUUCUCGUCGUCUUCUCUCUUCGCAGUGCAAAAUGGAAUCUGGGGUGAAGCAUGCUGUGGUGGUGAAAGUUAUGGGUCGAACUGGCUCAAGAGGUCAGGUGACCCAGGUGAGGGUGAAGUUUUUGGAUGACCAGAACAGGUUUAUUAUGAGGAAUGUGAAGGGACCCGUCAGAGAAGGAGACAUCCUCACCCUGCUCGAGUCUGAGAGGGAGGCGAGAAGGUUGCGUUGAUGGGGUCAUCUUUGGUUCCAUUUCCAUGUUUUGAUAGGUAUCUUAUGAGUUUUCCAGUUUCAAGCUUGUAGUUUUGGGUUUUUCAAAUUAAAAUUCUGUUUGAGGACGGGUUUUAGUUUUAUGUUUGGAAUGAAUUGGCUUAAUCGAACUCCAUGUUUUUUAAUGAUGCAACUUCUAGCUCAUAGAAUGGAGCAAGAUGUUGUUUCAUGUGGUUGUGAGCAUUUGAGUGUAAGCAUUCCUCAAUCACAUUUGGACAAAUAAUCAUUCAGCUGAUUUUGGAGUUGAAUCAAUGGACAUGUUUUUUCUGA